AAAUAAGGGGCGAAAAUUUUCAAUGUACAUUUAUCCACACAGUAUAUUGAUAAUUAGACCAAAAUCCAUAAGUUGAUCUGAGCGGAUGUCCCACGUGUCAAUCAAGACUUUCGUUACUUCAUCAGUUAUUUAUUGAAGAUCUUCACUCCGCCUUUCUCAAUUGGACGAUAUCGGCACAACGGAGAGGACGAAAACAGUAAAAAAAAGAGAUAUUGUCAGAAGAAAAGCAACUAGUAAACACUAAUAUCACGACAGGGAGGAAGUUCCGAUUUAAAGUUAACGACUGUGAUUCGACUAUCUAAGGAAUUUUCAAUGGAACUACGUGUAGCCAUUAUGUACAAUAUUGUUUGUUUGGCGUUCUUGUGUAUAUUUGGUGAUAAUUACUGUGUAUGUUUAAAAGCCAAAACUAGAGACCAUCUUGUGAUUAAAAGAAACGUCAAUUAUAUGUCAGAAUCUUAUCCUGGCCCAGAUAAACGUUUUUUGUAUGACUUUGAUAGUAAAAGACCAUUCGAUCCUUUGGCCAGUGGUUUGAUAGGCAAACGUUUUUAUGGACCAUUUGGAAAACGAUAUCGCGAUAUGUUUUGGAAGCGGCCAUUUGAUCCAUUAGCAGCAGGACUCAUAGGAAAACGACAUAUGGACCCACUAGCCGCAGGGCUUAUUGGAAAACGAACGAUCGAUCCCUUAGCUUCUGGACUUAUUGGAAAACGAACAAUCGACCCCUUAGCUGCUGGACUUAUUGGAAAACGAACAAUCGAUCCCUUAGCUGCUGGACUUAUUGGAAAGCGAACAAUCGACCCCUUAGCUGCUGGACUUAUUGGAAAGCGGACAAUCGACCAGUUGGCUUCCGGUCUUAUUGGCAAACGGAUGAUUGAUCAAUUGGCGUCUGGACUGAUUGGUAAAAGAUCCACCAUAGAGAUAGGUUCUGGGCGUUUUGUUAAAAGAUCAAUAGAUCCGUUGGCUACUGGACUCAUUGGCAAAAAGUCGAUAGAUCAGUUAGCUUCUGGACGUAUUAGCAAAAAAUCAAUAGACCAUUUGGCCACUGGACUCAUUGGUAAAAAAUCGAUAGACCCUUUGGCCACUGGACUCAUUGGUAAAAAAUCGAUAGAUCAGUUAGCCUCUGGACUUAUAGGCAAAAAAUCAAUUGAUCCUUUAGCUGCUGGACUUAUUGGUAAAAAAUCCAUAGAUCAGUUAGCCUCUGGGCUUAUAGGCAAAAAAUCAAUUGAUCCUUUAGCUGCUGGACUUAUUGGUAAAAAAUCCAUAGAUCAGUUAGCCUCUGGACUUAUUGGCAAAAAGUCAAUUGACCCUUUAGCUGCGGGUCUUAUUGGUAAACGCACCAUUGACCCCCUUGCAACAGGACUUAUUGGUAAACGCACCAUCGACCCACUUGCAACAGGACUUAUUGGUAAACGCACCAUCGACCCACUUGCAGCAGGACUUAUUGGUAAACGCACCAUAGAUCCGUUAGCUGCUGGUCUUAUCGGGAAAAGAACAAUUGACCCUUUGGCUACUGGCCUCAUUGGAAAAAGAAAUAUGGAGUCAAAAUAUCAUUCAUAUAUUGAGGAAAUGAAAUCAAAAAGGUAUCUUGAUCCUUUAGCUAGUGGAAUUGUCGGGAAAAGGCAAUUUGACAAUGAUGUUGCUGAAGAACUGAUGCAGCCGUACGAUCUUGUUAGAAAACGAACAGUUAAUUCUUUUUCAUCCCUGUCAGGUCAAAAUGAUUUAAAUAGAGCUAGUGCAAUGGAUUAAGCAAAAGAGGAUUUAAAUAAUACACAUUAUAAAAUGGUUUACAGUUUCAUCAAAAACUAUUCUUUUACGUGAAGACAAUGCAAAAAUAAUGAUCUCUUGGUAGUUAUUCAGUGAUCAUCGGGAAUGAACAAUAUAAUCAACAAACUUGUUAUCUGAAGAUUUAUUUACCAAUAAAAGACAUAAUUUACUUUCAAACUAAAAUAAAAGAUUUGAUAAUAAUUAUUGUGAACUCUAACCUAUAUAAUUACAUAUUUGAAAUGUACAUUAUGAAUCAAGCUACUAGCUAGAACCUAUUCUCUUUAUUUGUUUGUAGAUGGCAACAACAUUGCUGUAAUAAGGAAUAAUACAUAUCAUUCCCUUUAAUGACAUAAAGGGCAUCUCAUAUGAGCGUUACUGAUAUAACUCUUUUUUAUUUUUUGUUAAUCACAAUUAACUUGAAUUGGCUGCUUAUUUACCCGCUUAUAUAUUACAUGUAAUCCUGCUUUAUUAUGGAAAUUAAGAAUUUGAUUAUUGUCAUGUUGUUUAGUCCAUGGCCUAUGCUUAUUGAGUGGUCACAAUAUAUAUUUUAUUUCAAGGCCUUGAACAGAAUAUAAUUUAACAGUCAAAGAUAACACUUUAAAUUUUUUAGUUUCUGUGUAAUAAUUAUACAUAAAUACCCAAACUAUAUUUUAUUUAUUAUUACCCCAUAUUAUUUUAUGUACCGAUGUGUGUAAUUUAUUUAAAUACAAUUAUGAAGUUUAAGAUAUUUAUGUAAAGGUUUUAAAACUAUUAAU